AUGGCAACAUCAACUACACUUCUUAUUGCUGAAAUACUCUCAAUCUGCGUCGUAAUCUACGGAUGGGUCAUCUUUCCUAUCCUCUUCUCACCACUGGCAAAGAUCCCAUCAGCUCACUGGAGCGCGCCCUUCUCGUCCUUCUGGAUCCUAAACAAAAGACGCAAGCAAGCGGAAACACUUGCAGUCCAUGAUGCUCACCUUCGACUGGGACCUAUUGUGCGCCUUGGUCCGAACGAGAUCAGCGUGAACAGCGUCGACGGAGGCAUCCGGACGGUCUACGCCGGAGGCUACCAGAAAGGUGACUGGUACCUCAACGCCUUCAACAACUAUGGCAUCAUGCCAAUGUUUGCGAUGCCGGAUCAUGCAAAUCACUCACAGCGGAAGCGUAUGCUGAGCAACAUAUAUGCCAAGUCCACGUUGCAGAGCAGCAAAGCUAUGGAUACCAUUACCCACACUCUGCUUAACGACACCUUGGUCCCGAAGCUGCGAGGAAUGGCGAAGAAGGGUGAAGCUGUGGAGUUCUAUGAUCUGUUUUGCGCCAUGGCAAUGGACUUUGUGGCCGCCUACGUUUUCGGGCUCAAGAAUGCUUGCCAUUUCAUGGAUCAGCCCGACAUGGGCGCCCGGUUCUUCCGUGACUACAAAGCCCGGCAGGAAUUCGUCUUCUGGCCACAGGAAAUGCCGCUCUUCACGUCUUUCAUGUCCAAGAGUGGACUCGGGAAUCUCCUCGUGCCGAGCUGGGUAGCCAAAGCAAACAACGACAUCGAGUCGUGGCUGAUUGGCAUGUGCGAUAAAGCAGAACAGACUGUACGUCAGGCGGAGCUGGAAGGCGAAAAGGGGCCGGAGGAAGAUUGGCCCAAUGUCUACUCGCGCCUCCGCAGUUCUCUGCUCAAGGAGUCCAAGGCGAAGAGCGCCAGUGAUGUACCUGUCGACUACCAGGUCCAGGUGAACCGCCUCGCAGUCGCCAGCGAAAUGCUCGACCACACGCUCGCCGGUUUUGACACUAGCUCUAUCACUCUUACCUUCCUGGCAUAUGAGCUUAGCCUUCCCCAUAACAGUCACUGGCAAGACAAACUGCGUGCCGAACUGAAGACUCUCGAUGGCUCCCGUGAUGCAAAGACCCUUGACAACCUGCCUAUCCUGCACGCCAUCCUCAUGGAAACUCUCCGCUACCACGCCCCGAUCCCAGGCAAUCAACCACGCAUCACACCCUCCGACGCCACCCUCGGAGCCGAAGGCCACGCCGUUUCCGGCCUUCCACCCGACGUCCGCGUGCAAGCACAAGCCUGGUCGCUCCACCGCAACCCCGAGGUCUUCCCCGAGCCAGAGACCUGGAACCCAGCGCGCUGGCUCGAGAGCAAUGAAGAGCAACUCAAGGAGAUGCAGCGCUGGUUCUGGGCCUUCGGGUCGGGAGGGAGGAUGUGCGUGGGGAGCAACCUGGCGAUGUUGGAUAUGAAGGCUAUCAUUGCGGGCAUCUGGGCAGACUUCCGGACGACUUGUGUGGAUGGACGAGGGAUGGUGCAUAAUGGGGGAUAUGUGGCGGAGCCGGUGGGGAAGGACGGGAAGUAUUGCAUGAUGAAGGUGGAGGAGAUUGAGGUUCUGGUGAAAAAGGAGAGAAUGGUUGGCUAUGUUCGAGAAACAAGAUAG